AUGUUCCGCGAGGAGUUCCUGUUCUGGCGCGACGACCUCCGCGUGCGGCUGGACCGGCCGCUCGGCCACGGCUUCUUCGGGAUGGUGUUCUUGGGCGAGCUGGCCCGCGGCGGCGCGGCCACGCGCGUCGCCGUCAAGACGCACGGCGAGGCGGCGUCGGCGGACGAGAUCCUGCAGUUCCUGAAGGAGGCGGCGCUCAUGCAGAACAUCAACUGCCACCACGUGGUCCGCCUCCUGGGCGUCGUGGGCGACUACGCGCCCGUCUACGUGGUGAUGGAGCUGAUGGAGGAGGGCGACCUCAGGUCCUUCCUCAAGAGGCGCUCCAUCCCGCACUUCCAGCUGGUGGAGAUGGCGGUGCAGGCGGCGGACGGGAUGGCGUACCUGGCGGCGCAGAAGCUGGUGCACCGCGACCUGGCAGCCAGGAACUGCAUGCUCGACCACAACCUCACGCUCAAGGUCGGCGACUUCGGCCUCACCAGGAACCUCAAGUCGGACUACUACAGGAAAGAAGGCCAGGGCAUCCUGCCGGUGAAGUGGAUGGCGCCCGAGAGCCUGCAGUUCAGCGUGUACAGCACCCAGAGCGACGUGUGGAGCUACGGCGUCCUCCUGUGGGAGAUGGCCACCAGGGGCCUCACGCCCUACAAGAACCGCACCAACGACGAGGUGAUCCGCCUCGUGGUGGAGAAGUACGCCACCCUGGGGCGCCCCAGGGACUGCCCGGCGCCGCUGCAGAGGGUCAUGAGGCGCUGCUGGCGCUACGAGGCCAGGGAGAGGCCCAGCUUCCUCGCCAUCACCAAGUUCCUCCUCAAGCACACGUCGCCGGAGUUCCAGCAGCGCUUCGAGCAGGUGUCCUUCUACCACAGCCGCGGCAGCGACUACUCCAGGUACCAGAGGAGCGAGACCUGUGGCUUCAUGUCGGCGCGAGAGAGCGACGACGAGGAUUCGGACGACCUGACCUUGCACGCCUCCUCGGACCUCGACGACGUCGGAGCGGCGGAGAAGGACCCGAGCCAUCACAGGAGCCCCGACGGGAGUCCCCGAGCAAGGGCGAGCGAGAGGAAAGGGCGCAGGGGCGACGGAGGCGAGGCGAGGGCGCGGCGGGGCACCGCGGGAGCCGCAGAGGGGCGGGGAGCGUUCGGGGACCACAAGUACAUGAACUUCAGCUCCGACGAUCUGCGUCUGACCGCGUCCAGGCUGCUCGGGCGGAGGACGCAGACGCCCAGCGGCCUCGCGGACAGGGCUCUGCCGCAGCGCGCCCGUCUGCCCACGCUGGUGAUCCCGCAGGAGCGGGGGCUGCCCCCCAGCUGCAGUCCGGACGCCGAGCCCGGGCAGGGGGGCCCUCACUCCGGCCACAACCCCCAAAGUGGGCCCCCAGCCCCCGCAGCGGGGAUCCUGCGCCUGCGCCCCAGAUGCCCUGUGCCCCGCCCGCCCGCCCUCUCCCCCCCCCGCCCGAGCCCAGCCCGGGACCCUCGCCGAUUCGGAACCCGCCCGCCCACGUCAGCCUCACCCAACCCUUAA